AAUCUUUAACACAGGAUGAUUGCAGAUCCGGCAUUUUUGUACAAGCUGCUUCUCGAGCAGGCCAGUACAAUUGGUUGCUCAGUUUGGUGGGAGAUCAAAAACCGUAAGGAGAGGAUAAAGCAUGAGUGGGAUCUUGCCCUUCUUAAUGUGCUUACUGUAACGGCUUGCAAUGCUAUUGUUGUUUGGUCGCUUGCUCCUUGUCGCUCAUAUGGAAACACAUUCCACUUUGAUUUGCAAAACACGUUACAGAAGCUUCCAAACAAUAUCUUUGAAAAGAGUUAUCCACUAAGAGAAUUUGACUUGCAGAAGAGAGUUCAUUCCUUUUUCUAUAAGGCUGCAGAGUUCUGUAUGGUUGGACUCACUGCGGGAGCUGUCCAAGGGGCUCUAUCAAACCUUAUUGCCACUAAAAAGGAGGGAAGGUUGUCAGUGACUAUCCCAUCUGUGAGCAGUAAUGCACUUGGUUAUGGUGCCUUUCUUGGUCUUAUGCGAACCUUCGUUAUCAGCUCUUGUGUGAUUUGA